CGCGAGAACACACAUUCACCCACAGCUCUCUCUCUCUUUCUCUCCCUCCCCCUCUCUCUCUCUCUAACAGCGGCUAAGACUUGACUGAACUGGAGAGCCUGCAUUCAAACUCCAUAAUUAACUUGUAAACUAUGCUCAAGUCCACACAUACCCAACAUAUUCUUAUUCUCAAGUAGUUAUCUUUUUUCACUAAUUUCAGAGGACCAAACAAGUGAAUGUAGGGCUCCCUAUUAUGGUUAAUUCUACUCAAUUACUUAAAGCUCCUCCGGCGUCCUGCCCUUGACUGUUGAAUCGGAUUCCCUUCAAAAUGGUUCCACGAGGAGCUCCUAACACACUUAGUACUUCCCAGUCUGUCCCGUCUUCACUGUUGCGAUCAAAUUCUGCUCUGUUGGGUGGUCAGGGAGGUUCCAUCUCAUCACAGGGUGAUUUCCCCUCUGUCUCAUCCCCGCGUAUGCAAUUUGGUAACAUGAAUAAUAUGCUCGGGAAUGGCUCCAAUGUUACGUCUCUACUGCAUCAGUCGUUUGGAAACAGGGGGCCUAAUCCUGGGUUCUCUGGACCCGGGAGUACUCAAAGAGGUCUUGUUGACAAUGGCGCUGAAUCUGAUCCACUUUCUAGUGUUGGGAAUGGAAUGGGAUUCAAUGUGCCACCUUCAUCAUUUGUUCCAAUGGCCACAUCCACGAAUUCUGAUAUGGCUGCCCAAGUUCAGGGACAAAAGUUUCUUAGUGCUUCUGGGAACCAAAUGUUUACAGACCAACACCAAUCCCAACAACUGGAUCCCUUGAGUUUCCAGCAUAAUCAACAGCUCCCACAGUUCUCUACCCCUGACGGUUCUCAGACACAGCAGCUUCAUUCGAUGCAAAGUGGAUUAGGAAAUGUUGCUUCUGUUAAACCAGAGCCACAGGUUGCCAAUGAUCAAAUGCCACUGCAAUUGCAAGCUUCACAAAACAUGGCCACAGGGAAAUUGGAACAGCAGCAGAUAGAAAACAUGAGAGGUUUGGCCUCUCAGGUUCCCAGUCAAUCUCCACAUCACUUGCAAGCUUUACGGAAUCUUGCCUCAAUGAAACUGGAACCGCAACAGCUACAAAGCAUGAGAGGUCUGGCGCCCAUCAAAAUUGAACCACAACAUGCUGAUCCAUCUUUGUUUAUUCAACAGCAACAACAGUUACUUCAAAUGUCUAGGCAGUCACCUCAAGCUGCUGCCAUGGCCCAGCUUUUGCAUCAACAAAGACUUAUGCAGUUCCAUCAACAGCACCAACAACAACAUCUCUUGAAGGGUGUGCCUCAACAAAGGAAUCCACUUCAGCCACAAUAUCAACCAUCGAAUAUAUCUUUUAGAUCUCAAGCAAAACCAUUUUAUGAGCCUGGGAUGUGUGCACGCAGAUUGACUAAUUAUAUGUAUCAGCAACAGCACAGACCUGAGGACAACAAUAUUGAAUUUUGGAGGAAAUAUGUAGCAGAGUAUUUUGCUCCCAAUGCUAAGAAAAAGUGGUGUGUCUCAAUGUAUGGAAGUGGCCGUCAGACAAAUGGGGUCUUUCCUCAGGAUGUCUGGCAUUGUGAAAUAUGCAACCGCAAGCCUGGGCGUGGGUUCGGUAUGAUAUUGUGUCAUUCACAUGUACUUUCGCAUAAUUGCACAGCCAUCUGUUAUCAUAUUCAUGUUUUCUUUUUCCUGAAAUGUUGGGUUUUUGUUAUAUACUCUGUAUAGAUGCGUAAACCUGUCAAUCCCUCAAAGCAUACGUGUGAGAAUACUUUAGCAGUUUUUCUUGUUCAUAUAGUGCUUUACUGCUCCCUCUGCCACAUAAAAAGUUCACACUGUGUGGGCACACUACUUGAGAAAAGUCAGAAAACUGGGAAAAAUUAAUAGCAUAAAGAUAAAACACAAUAUUUGAGGUAGUUGGUUGGGUAAGAGGGAAAAAGAAAAGAGGAAGUAGUUG